AUGGACGUCACCACCGAGCUGAAUGAGCUUUUUGCUGCAGCUUGUCCCAAUGGCCUUCCCAAAGAUGUUCUUGCCGAACUCCAGUCCAUCAUGCGGAUACACUCGAUCACUGCGGAGGAGGUUUUCUAUAAAUGGGAAUCUUACAGCAUGAAAAUGGGCGACGAGGUCAAAUUGAACAUGACCUCGGUUCGCGCUUUGAAGCAGGAUAUUCAGGAAGCUUUGGAGCGUGAAAGUCGCGGCAAGGCUGGACGACAGCAUGAGAAGAGGACCGCUAUCACAGCAACCCCGCGUGCGUCUGCAGGUGGUGAUAUGUUUGGGAUGUUAGGCGAUUUGACCCCCAAUGCGUCCAAUGCCCGAUCCAUGGCAGGAAUAAAUGGCUCGGCAACGAAGCGCAAGGCCGAGUUCUCAUCCCCUGCAACACCUAAAAUGGGACGGAUGGACAAGAUUGGGACACCUAACGGCGCAAAGACACCUGGCUCUUUGGCACCUGGUAAUGGGAUUGGGCCCUCCGUUUCCUUUGCCGACAGACCAAAUGCCGGACAAACUUUAGAGACACUGAAUGGACAUCUAUCUCUGCCUGAAACCCCCAUGGCUCCGUUCUCCGAACCGCGCAUUCGGCCCACCGCCAACACAGACCUAAAGAAAUUUGGGUAUAAGCCAAUGGGAAUGAGACUAUCGGAAUCAUCUGAGAUCCUCGAUGACCGCAUCGAUGAAUUUACGACUAUCUUCCAGAAACAAUAUGACUCGGAUGAAAUCACCUUUGGAAGCGCCGCUACCCAAAGCACAAGUGAGAUCAUUGCUGUUGGUCGGAUUGCCUCUGAUUCUAUGGAAGGUAGACUCAAUACGGCUUCUCUGGUUCUCGAGACCUCACGCAGGACUGGUGCAGGCAGAAGAAUUCCCUUGAAGAUAGAUUCGGUGCCAGGCCUUAAUUUCUUCCCUGGUCAGAUCGUCGCUCUUCGAGGAAUCAACCCCUCGGGCGAAUAUUUCACCGUCAAGGAGAUUCUUCCUAUUCCUCUUUUGCCCCCUGCUGCCUCCCCGGCAGUGACCCUCGAUAAUAUCAACGAGCGCCUGGAAAAUUCAGGUAAUUUGCCACUCAAUGUCAUGGUAGCAGCUGGACCGUAUACAGCCGACGACAACUUGGACUUUGAGCCUCUCAAGGAGCUUUGUCAGAAAGCUGCAGACAGCUACGCGGACAGUCUUGUACUCCUUGGCCCGUUCUUAGAUGUCGAACAUCCACUGCUCGCAACAGGAGACUUUGACCUCCCAGACAUCAAAGGCCUUGAUCCAGAUACCGCAACCCUGACUACAAUCUUCCGACACCUUAUCUCAACACCCUUGGCACGACUGGUCGCAGCUGUUCCCAGUAUCACAGUUGUUUGCGUCCCAUCUGUACGCGACGCUUUGAGCCGCCAUGUCUCAUGGCCACAAGAGCAGUUGCUCAAGAAAGACCUCGGUUUACCGAAACAAGUUCGUAUGGUCUCCAACCCUGUGACACUAUCUUUCAACGAGACCGUUGUUGGCAUGUGCUCACACGAUGUACUCUCGGAGCUGCGCCGCGAGGAAGUCUUACACGGCAGGCUCAGCGAGGGCAACCUGCUCAGUCGGUUACCCAAGUACUUGGUCGAGCAACGACACUUCUUCCCUCUGUUCCCUUCUGUUGCACGCGCAAAUCUUCCCAAGACGGCUUCAGGUCUAGGUACAGGUGCAAUGCUGGACGUGCCCUACCUGAAAUUGGGUGAAUGGUGGAAUGUUCGGCCAGACAUACUUAUUGUCCCCAGCAUGCUUCCGCCUUUCGCCAAGGUUGUCGAUAGUGUGCUUGUGAUCAACCCCGGCACCUUGUCCAAGCGCCGUGCCCCGGGCACAUAUGCGCAGAUGGCAGUUCACCCCCGGACAAUCCCAGAGGCAGAACGCGAGGAGAAGCAACUCGACCACAAGCUUUACGAACGUGCCCGGGUAGACAUCAACCGGAUCUAG